CAUCAUUAUAAUACGCCCGCAAUCAUUUCUUUAGGAACAUGUCAAAGUGCUUUGGGUCUCGAAAAUGAUUUCAUCAAGGACAAGCAACUCUCUGCUUUCUCCGCCUACAACAACGAUCCUUCCACCUUCGGCGCUCAUCGAGCUCGAUUGAAUUUAAACACAUGGCCCCCAGGUUACAGAGCUGACAAGAAAAGUCUCGAAUUAAGUACAGGAAAUCCAUGGCUUAUGGUUGAUUUAGGAAGGGAAGUAGUUAUCACAGGAAUAGCGACUCAGGGAUAUGGAGAUACAUUAGUUUCAGAGUGGGUUACUAGUUAUCGGCUAAUGUAUGCUGCGGAGAAACUGGAUUCUGAUUAUUAUAGUUUUAGGGACGCAAGUGGCGACGCUCAGGUAAUCAUGUUGUCUACGUAGUGUUAUUCAAGGUAAAUAACUUUGAGAAUCGGUUUCCCGCCCUCCAGGAAAUCUUUGUUUGAUGUUGUAGAUUCAUUUGCCGUGAAUUUAUGAUACGUUGUUUUAUCUUGGCCUCCAUAUUGAAGUUGGUCCUUCGUGAUAACUAUUUUAUUUUCAUCUAAGUAAAAUUGUGCAUUUGUGUGAAAAUUACGCGCGUUUGCCGUGAAAAUUAGUUUGAUACAUCAUAUAUUUGGAAGCCAUAGAAUAAGAGACAAAAGAACCACAGGGAAGCAUUCUUUGAGAGUCACUGAGAUCGCUAUUGUAACCCUUUGACUCUUUGUUUUCCAAUGAAACCUAUUCAGUCGACUAGCUAAAGAAAAUGUAGUCUAACCGAAAAGGCGUUCGAUUUCUGAUAUAAACUGAACUAAAAGGCAAUACAACGUUUCUGUCAUUCCCCCGCCCGAAAAGAAAAAUAUGAAUAUAAAGAUCACAUAGAAUGUACUGUAGAUUAGUAAUUUUAUUGGUGGUUGGGUGUAUAGACCAAUUUCAUCACACCAAGCAUUACGCAACAAAUGAAGUAUGUAAAAAAAACCGUCAUCUCAAUGACCCAAGGAUGUAUUAAAUAAAAAACUGAUCUGUCAACAAUGAACAUAUGGAUCAAAUACCUCUAAAAAUCCGUUCUUUACCAACCAUACGUAGCUUAUUGAUUUACAAGAGUCGAUAAUUCAAUUUUGCAAUCAGACAUAAAAUCGUCACAAUUCAGUGGUGAAAAUUGCCCCCUAUAAAAAACCUGGUUCUCUAUGCAGUCAUAAUUGAUAUUGUAGGGAAUCUGCCGACAACUUAACUUUAAUAGUCCCUUAUGUAAUCUAGAAUUGCACAGUUGCGAGCUUACAUCUACAUGAAUUUCCUUUGUCGGCACCUUUUUUUCUUGAAUUCAGACAUUGAAACCGUUGUCGACUCUUUUGCGUAAUUAACUCGGCUACAAAAAGCAGUGUUUCAUCCGAUAUACAAUCAUCAUCCAUGACCGAAAGUGGAGAAGAAAAAAUCGAGACGCAAUCGAGCGUUAAAUUCCACUCCUCGACUCUGGCCGAGUGUUCCAAAGCUGGGAUAUCGAGACUGGGAUGAUUGUAAGUUUCGUGUCGCGCAUAUUUAUGUACUUUCCGUGCAAAUAGAGAGCUUUUAAUAUUAUGAAGCGUCUGUUUAAAACAGAUAUCGACGGAAACCCUGUUUCAACCUUUUAAUUUAGAGUACGACAGCUAGCAAAUGAUCCACUGUUCUUAAAAAAAGAAAUAAUAAGCCAAAAGUUAUAAAUUCAAAUGCAGUUAAAAUUCAAUAUGUAAAUGUGUUGUCAUGCCUCGUGAGGAUACUCUAAGGCAAUUAUUUCAUUUAUUUAAUAUAGUUUCUUUUUCGGACGGUGCUAAGAUGAUUUUUGCUCUUUUUGAGUGUCGUUUUGCGCUUUAAAAAGAUCAUUACCGCGUCAUUAUCAUAGGUUAGCUUGCUACGUGAACAGAAACAUUGAAAAUCAUAUUUCUGUAAUACUCGAGGAGCAAGCCCUAAAGAUAUUUAUAAAAAUUUUGAAUCGAUGUUGUCGGUUUCGUAAACAUCUUUUCUUGAGAUUGUUAGCAGUUUCUUGACUAAUCCUAAAAAUCUACUUUAUUACAUCGAAAAUUCUCUGUUCUUCAUUUCUCUUUUAAUGUUGGAAGACAUCCCACAGCCUAUUUCAUUCUCAAUCAUUCAAUCACCCUCUCUUAACACGUUCUUAACAACGCUUUGGUUCAGCUUUUGGAAAGAUUAUAGUCUUUCUACAUGCAUCUUACAGGAAGCAAAGAAAUACAACCUAAAUCUUUGUAUCGACCAACAGGAGUGUCUCGUUGUGACGAUAUUUUAGACUUGUUAAAACACGAAAUGCCAGUUGAUUAUAUCGCAAGCAUAAUCAUUGAAAUCUACCUCCACGAUUUAAUUGGGACUUAAAGAUUAUACGCAGUCAUUUACAGUACGUAUUUUGUUUAAGAAUUGUUAAGGCAAAAGAGUCGACAACUGUUUCAAUGUCUGAAUUCAAGAAAACGAGGUGCCGACAAAGGUGUAGAUGUCAGCUCGAAAAUGUGCAAUUUUA